GUAAGACAGUUGUAACCUAUAGCCAAAUUAGUAGUAGCAUUUAAUUUGACAGCUAACAUAUUUUCUAUGAAUGUUGUUGAGUGAUGAAAACUUGAUCUACUUGAUGGUAACAUAAACCUGAUCGUGAAAUGGCGAUUGGAACAUCAAGCAGAAGCUUAAUAAAGCCUUGGCCACGAAACAGUCUACUUCUUUCCUCAAGCGUGAUCAUCAUCGUUGGUAUAAUCUUGGCGGUUACUUAUCAGUCAAUCUUGAAACCUCCACAACCGAAGCUAUGUGGCUCACAAGGUGGUCCACCGAUCACAGCGCCGCGGAUAAAGCUGAGAGACGGGAGGUAUCUGGCUUACAAAGAACAUGGACUUCCCAGAGACAAAGCUAACCACAAAAUCGUCUUCAUCCAUGGAACCGAUAGUUGUAGACACGACGCCGUAUUCGUCACUCUGCUCUCUCCGGGUUUAGUUAAAGAACUUAGCGUGUAUAUGGUUACGUUUGAUAAACCGGGUUAUGGAGAGAGCGAUCCGGAUCCAAACCGUACACCAAAAAGCUUGGUUUUGGAUGUUGAAGAGCUUGCUGAUCAGUUGAGUCUAGGAUCAAGAUUCUACGUGAUCGGUAACUCAAUGGGAGGACAAGCGACGUGGGGUUGCCUUAAGUACAUCCCUCACCGUUUAGCUGGAGUAACACUAGUUGCUCCUGUGGUUAACUAUUGGUGGAAGAACUUGCCUUUAAACGUUUCAACUCAAGGUUUUAACUUGCAACCAAGGAGAGACCAGUGGGCUGUGCGUGUUGCUCACUAUGCUCCUUGGCUUAUUUACUGGUGGAACACACAAGGUUGGUUCCCGGGUUCCAGCGUUGCGAACCGAGAUCGCGGUAACUUGUCUCAGCCCGAUAAAGAUAUCAUUUUGAAGCAUGGAUCGUCGAGGAAACCGCAUUUGGAAGAAGUAAGGCAGCAAGGAAUACAUGAGAGUAUUAACCGUGACAUGAUUGUUGGUUUUGGAAAUUGGGAGUUUGAUCCGAUAGAACUCGAGAAUCCGUUUUUGAACAAUGAAAGCUCUGUGCAUUUGUGGCAAGGAGAUGAGGACAUGCUAGUGCCUGUAACACUGCAACGUUACGUUGCACAUAAGCUUCCUUGGCUUCACUAUCAUGAGGUUCCGAGAAGUGGCCACUUCUUCCCCCAUGCUAAAGGUAUGGUUGAUGACAUUGUUAAGACACUCUUAUCCAGCGCUGCAGAGAAUUGAGUAAGAUGAGAUCCAAGUGUAACAAAACCCAAAAGAUUAUGGGAAGAACGGAUUAUGUAAUAGAUUAUUUUACAUUACGAGAACAUAAUAAAAAUACACUUUUUACAGUUUCACACCAUUGUAGUCUACCAAAAUAACCAUAACCAAAACCAAAACAGAGCAUUCUCUUCGGACUCUAAAAGCUCACUUAAAAACAUUUGGAGACUCUUAAAGGUGAAAGACUUCUAAUCCUCAACCAUCUCCUCAUCAUCAUCUAUUUCUUCAAUCCUCAUCUUCUUCACUGCCUGAGCUGCAUCACUUCUCUUUGUCCCAUUAGCAAUAUGAAUCAGCACAUCCGACUUCUUCCCUGUUGAAGCGUCCACUAGACCUCCACUUUCUACCCGGUACACAAG